CCGUUAACGUUAACAAGUACAAACCGAUGCGUGCGGGAUGUCACAUCGAAUUACCGCGCGAAAUAAAAAUGAAGCGAGCUGUGAUCAGUGUACAAUCCAAGGACAAUGCAUGUUUCGCGUGGGCGGUGGUUGCAGCGUUAUGUCCAGCUGACAAACACGCAGAUCGUCAAUCUUCGUACCCACACUAUACAUCGGUGUUAAAUAUGCACGACAUUGAAUUUCCAAUGCGCAUAAACCAAAUUAAAAAAUUUGAACGGUUGAACAAUAUCUCGAUCAACAUUCAUAGUGUGGAAAAGAGAUAUAACAACAUCACAAAGAAAGAAGGAAACGUGGUCGCGCCCAUACGUCUCACGGAACAGAAAAUGGAGAAGCAUGUCAACCUGCUGCAUAUCCCAAAUCCGCGAGAUGAUGAUGACAACGCUGGACACUUCGCAUGGAUCAAGAAUUUGUCCCGACUCAUCAGCUCGCAGCUGAGCAAAAAGGAGCACAAGAAACAUAUUUGCGACCGAUGUUUGCAUUACUUCAGCUCGAGCGAGAAGCUGGAAAGCCAUACCGUCGACUGUGAAAAAAUGAAUAAUUGCGCCUUGCCAAACGAUGAUAACAAAUGGCUCAGCUUCACCAACUACUGCAGGAAGGAGCGGGUCCUGUUUGUAGUUUACGCCGACUUGGAAUGCAUCCUGGAGAAGGCACCGAGGGAAAAACAAACGAGUUCGUAUGCGUAUCAACAUCAUAGCUUCAUCGAUUCGUACAAAUUUCUUAGUUCUAGUCUCGAUAAAUUGGCGUCUUUUCUCAACCACGACAAAUUAAAAAUUGUUCGGUCCGAAUUUUCAAAUUUGUCCGACAUGGAUUUUGAUUUAUUGACGCGAAAGGGUGUCUUUCCGUACGAAUACCUUGAUUGCGCGGACAAGCUGCAGGAUCAGUGUUUGCCACCGCGCGAGUCAUUUUACAGUUCGUUGACGGGUGAUACGGUAUCCGAGAACGAUUACGCGCACGCUGUGAACAUCUGGCGGCGGUUCUCCAUUCAAACCUUGGGUGAAUAUAGCGACUUGUAUCUGAAGACCGAUGUCUUGUUACUAGCCGAUAUUUUUGAAAAUUUCCGCAAUAGUUGUAUCAAAAGUUACGGGUUAGAUCCCGCGUAUUAUUAUACUUCGCCUGGUUUUACGUGGGAUGCUAUGUUGAAGCAUACGGGCGUUAAUUUCGAAUUGCUCACUGAUAUCGACAUAGUUAUGUUCAUCGAGCGCGGUAUUCGCGGUGGUCUCAGUCAAUGUUCCGGUAGAUACGCAAAGGCCAAUAACAAGUACAUGUAG